UCGUUUACGGUCAGCGUUUUCGGUGAUUCGGCAGAAUUUUGUGAAUUUUCAGCCGGAAUUUCAUCAUAUUUCAGCGAUUUUUCCCCAAUUUCUUGUACAGCACAAGUUCCGUAGGGCAAGCGAUCAAAACAAAGAGCAAUGGUCAAGAUCGAGGAUUUCAAGUUGUCCAGUGAACUAGCGGGACACAAACUGGACGUGCGCGCGGUCGCCGAAGGCAAGGGUUUUAUCGUGUCCGUAUCGCGUGACAAGACUGCCAAGGUGUGGACCCAGCUCGAUGGGCACUACACCGAAACGGAAACUUUGAGUCACCAUUCCAACUACAUCAGUGCGGUUCUGGUGAUUGAGGAAAACAAUUGGAUCUGUACGGCCAGCAAUGAUGCAACGAUCUGUGUGUACAAGUACCCGUCGGCGAUGGAACCGUUCGUUGUGUUGAAAGGUCACACGUCGACGGUUUGUGCAUUGGCCAAAGGCAACUCGCCGAAUGUGCUGAUUUCCGGAAGUUGGGAUAAGAGCGCCAAGAUCUGGACGGACGUUGGUACGACGAUGGCUAGUGUGACACUGGUGGGGCAUGAGGCGGCGGUUUGGGCCGUUGCGCGGCUGCCAUCGGGGAAGUAUGUCACAGGAUCGGCAGACAAGUCAAUUUUCGUAUGGAACGAGAAGGGUGAGAAGCUGGUAGUGCUGAAAGGACAUAAGGAUUGCGUCAGAGGCUUGUGUCCCUUGCCUAAUGGUGGAUUUCUGAGCUGCUCGAAUGAUGCCACCAUUCGACACUGGAGUGAUUCCUACGAAUGCGUGAAGGAAUUCCACGGGCACACAAAUUAUAUCUAUAGCAUUGCGAGAAGUGAUUUCUGGGGAGAGGAUGUCUUCAUCAGUAGCGGCGAAGAUAGUACGGUAAGAAUGUGGAGUCUGAAGGAGGGUGCUUUGGGAGAUGCCCUGGCGUUGCCGGCUCAAUCGGUUUGGUCUGUGGCAGCACUACGCAAUGGGGACAUUGUGACUGGUUCUAGUGAUGCGAUGGUUCGAGUUUUUUCCAGUUGCAAGGAUAGAAUAGCUCCUCAUGAUGUACAGGAUGUGUUCAGAUUGAGCGUUGAGGUGAGAGUUCAGGAAUCCACUAAACAACUUGGCGGUAUGAAUGUGAAUGAGCUUCCCGGGCCGGAAUCGUUGCUAUCCGAAGGACGUGAGGGUCAAACCCGUAUUGUCCGUCAUGGCGAUGGGAAAAUCAUGUGCUAUCAAUGGAGCAAUAACAAAUGGGAAUGCGUGGGUGACGUGAUGGGAGCAACGGGAGGUGAUACUGGAAAGCAGCUGUACGAAGGACGCGAAUAUGAUUACGUGUUCUCCGUGAAUCUUUCGGAUGAAGCUCCCAAUCUGAAGCUGCCGUACAACAAAGGGGAAGAUCCUUGGUUUGUCGCUCAACGGUUCAUCCAUAAACACAGUCUUCCCCAGGCCUAUCUGGAUCAGGUGGCAAAUUUCAUUAUCACAAAUGCCGACAAGGCUCCGGUUAAACCGUCGGCUGGUACCAAUAGUUUCUAUGAUCCAUUCACCGGAGGAGCUCGCUAUAUGCCGGGUGUGGGAUCAAGCUAUCAACCGACUGUGGCAAAUACGGACCCUUUCACAGGCGGAUCCAGUUAUACCACUCAAACUCCGAAUGCAGGCGUGCCCGGCAAUGGAAGUGCUGGGGCGGGCAAUACUGAUCCUUUCACCGGAGGAUCCAGCUACUCGACCGGGUCUACUGAGGUCAAAAAGUCAAACACACACUUUCCCAAUCGACAUUUCGUGACGGUUGAGACUGUUGACCUUUCCAAGGUGUUAGUCAAACUGAAGGAACUCAAUGGCAAAAUCGAGGAUAAGAGUCUUCAGAUGUCCGAUGACACCCUGGACGACAUCGUUCGAUACGUCGGAGAAUUGAGCAAGGUCUCGGAGCAAAACUCCGUUUGUCUGACCGCCCUCAAGUACCUAUUCAACUGGCCCACCGAAAAUCUGUUCCCCGUGUUGGACAUCACCCGUUUGGUUGUACGCGACCCGAAGGCAUGUCAGGAGCUGUUUGAAGGUGACUUUAUGAAAACCUUGCUCCAGCAGAUCAAUCAUCUGCCCGCGAAUCAGAUGAUGGGAGCCCGCUGCUUCGUCAAUAUGAUCUCACAUCCUGUUGGACGCAACAUUGUAACGGAGCAUAUCCGGCCAAUCGUUGAAAAGCUCUCGCCAAUCAAGAAAGGAAGUUCCAAUCUCCAGGUGGCACUUGCCAGCUUCUAUCUGAAUCUAUCCAUGACCCAGCUCGAUAAGCCAUCGCUGGAUUUUUGCAAGGUGUUUUCGGAGGCAGUGGGAGAAUUCCUUAGCUGGGCUACCGACUACGAGGCUACAUACAGGGCUUACCAGGCGUUGGGAAAUCUGAUGUCCACACCGCAGGGCUCGCUGGUGGCCAACCAUUUGCGAAGCAAUAGCGGAAUGAUCGAUAAGAUUCUGGUUAGCAUCAGCAGCGAGGUGAGCGGAUUCGCGAAGCUGAACGAGUGCGCCAGUUAUCUCUACGAAAUGCUGGCCUAAGGGCCAAUGGAGUAGGUUAUGCUAACAUAUUACUGAAAUAAUAGUUUUAGCUUUAGUUUUUUUUUUUGUUUAAAUGUGAAACGAAUUGAAAUUGACAAAAUGGAUGAA